GCAGAUGAGUUCAGUGUGUGAGUUGGCCGACUGACAACAAGUGGUUUUCCGCUGAGAACUAUUUCACAGCUCGGAGGAGAGGCAGCUGCUCAGUGUCUUCAGUGUGUUUCACUAACAAAGUAAUGACUGACACUACCGCGCUCAGCUUUUAAGAGAAACCUGCUCGUCCGCUGCGGUGUUUGUGUGUCCCGGAUGAGUCGUGAGUAAUUAGUUGAUUUGCAUCACCCGGCGCUCCCGGUUCAAUCUGCAGGGAAACCUGGCCACAAGUCGCCAGGUGGACGGCGACAAAGGCUGCUGAGUGCUCAGCGUUUCAACUUCUUUCUAACUCACCAUAACUUUCCUACACCUGUCCAACAUGUACAGCAUGAUGGAGCACGAGCUGAAGCCGACCGGCCAGCCUCCUUCUCACCAAACCACCCAGGGAAUGUCACCGGUCACCGGCAACAUGACCGGGAGCAUGGGCAGCAACGGCAACUCUCACCCGAGCUCCAAAACGGCGUGCGCACCUGGAGUGGACCCCAUGGAUAAAGUCAAGCGGCCCAUGAACGCGUUUAUGGUGUGGUCCAGGGGACAGAGGCGCAAGAUGGCUCAAGAAAACCCCAAAAUGCACAACUCAGAGAUCAGCAAGCGGCUCGGAGCGGAGUGGAAACUCCUAACCGACGCCGAGAAGCGGCCUUUCAUCGACGAGGCCAAGCGGCUGCGCGCGGUCCACAUGAAGGAGUACCCCGACUACAAGUACAAGCCGCGCCGCAAGACAAAGCCCCUGCUCAAGAAGGACACUCAGGUGGGCAAGUACCCGCUGUCAGCCGGGAACCUACUGGCGGCGGCGCAAGGCCAAGGUGGCAGCCCGAGGAUGGACAGCUACGGCUGGGGUCCCACCGGGGGGUACGCCGGCAUGCAGGGCGAGGCGCUCGGCUACACGCAGCAGCUCCACCGGUAUGACCUGUCAGCUCUCCAGUACCCACCUGCGAUGACGGCGGCGCAGACGUACAUGAACGGAGCCAACUCCUACAGCCCCAUGUCAUACAGCAGCAGUCCCCAGCAGCCCAGCCCCGUCACCAUGUCCAUGGUGAAAGCAGAACCAGUGUCCCACUCGCCUCCGACGGGAACGCCCAACCACCACCGCGGCCCUUUGCAGGGCGACCUCAGGGACAUGAUCAGCAUGUACAUUCCCGGACCAGGAGGGGACGCCGGCGACCCCACGGCAGCACAGAGGGGCUACACCAGCGUCCAGCAGCACUACCUCACCGGAACCGUCCCACUCACACACAUCUAGGACUGGAAGUGGGAGUCGUGGGGGCGGGAGGGUUAUCUGAGUGGGAGGAACAGAAAUGCUCACGAUGCACAGCUGGCGGGACGGGAGAUGGAGUCGGGUGUUGGGAGUGGGGGGGUGGGCUUUAGACUGGCAAAGCAAAGAGACAGAAAACGUGAAGGAAAAACCACUUUUCCCCGCAUUCAGUAGUCUUACAGUCCCAAAAAGCUGUUCUUCUACCUCUUUGGUGCCACAUGAGUUACACACACCCACCACCACACGUACAGAGCGGAGACUCCUCCCUGCCCUCCACCCUCCAGCAGACUUCUCUCCAUGAUGGCUGCAGUGAAGACAGGGGCCACGUCUGUUUAUUGUGUACAUAUAAGGAAAUGUCUUUCUCUGUCUUUUUUUUUUGUAUUUUAGAACUUAUCCAUAAUGAGUCAAAAGACCCCUUUAAUACCACUCUAAACACUUGCGACACUGGCACUCAUGACACUUCCACCAUACCCAGUAGGUGCCGGCAGACUGGUCCAGUUAGCAGGUUUAGUCUUCCACAGAGCCAGUGCCCGCCGCCGACACAGAUGCACAGAUGACCUGCUAACCUGGUCGACGGAUCACAAUCUCUCAGCCGGUGACGGACGAAUCACCUGAGCUGAAUCGCUCGUCAUCGUCCUGAUGUGCGAGCGGAGCUGGAGAGCAGCCGGGUGCCGGAGGGGAUCAUGGGAAGGAAAUGCACAACAUGAACGACAGAGCUGUUUUUUUGUAUAAAAUGAACUCUUUGUGCCUUGACUUUGGUUUAGUACUCUUGUGUUUUUUAUAUUUUAUUUUUAACUGAUGAAAUCUUGUUGGAUGACACGGGAAACACCUGUUGGACAAUCAGCGCCGCAUCCACGGGAGACAAACAGAGCACACUGGCUUCUUUGAUCUGUGGUGUCGCUAAGAACGGAGAGCCAUGCUGGUACAUUUCAGCAGGUCUAGUGUCCUCGGUCACACCACGUCACUGCUGUUUCUGCUGCCUGUAUGAGUUUUAUUCACUAUAUUUAGUUUUAGAUUUGAUCUUUUGAUGUAAUUGAUGCAUUGUUCUGGCAGCAUCCUAAGUUGCCACUUGGCUCUAGGCAAGAUAUUGUUUUUAGGCUCUUUUCUUCCAGUAAGUGAAUGAAAUUUAAUAUGAAAUGCUACAUUUCAGUUGUUUUAUUCCAAAUAGCAAAUUAAGACUUGCAAGUGAUGUCUUCCACAAAGUGCACUGGAUUGAUAAAAGCCCGUCCAGGCAUGUUUUUUUAAUGACCUGUUAAUUCUUUGUGUUUUUACUACCAGUAAAGAGAAUGUAUCAAAGUGAGUUUCACAUUCCAGCUUUUACCUGUGGGUAACUCUAUCAUUAUAUAAAGUAACAAGUGCUUUUAAUUGUGGUUCUCUCAAUCUGACAGUGCUGUCAUUUGUCUAUUUUUCUGUCUUAGCCUGCUGUCUGGUUACUAGUGCUGCUAUGGACCUAAAGGGAACUUUAAUUUUCAGCCUACAGAAACUGUGAAUAUUGAAUGUGGUAGAUGAUUCAGACAGUUUUAACUUUGAAGCAUUCCAUUACUAACUCGACAUGCACUGGAAACAGAUGCCUGACUUAUUUUUUUUAAUGGAAAAAAAGGGAGAGCAGUUUUAUUAAAGUAAUGCGUGAAUGUUUACAUUGUUACCCAAGUGUUUAACUUUUAUACUGACUCGUAUCUCUAUUUUUUAGAAUGAAUUCUCUUGUAUGUAAAUGCUGCCAUAUGCUAGAGUUACUGUAUGUAGCAUUCAUGUAAAUAAUGUAUACAUUUUUAGGCUCUUAUACUAAGAGUCUUGAUUCCUUUUUUAUUAAAAAAAAAUCUUUUGUUAUGGCAUUCAUGACAAUAUUAAUAAAAAGUACAAAUCCUUUUUUCAUUAA